AUGUCGUAUAGCCAGACCCUGGCCAACAUCAAGGGCCGGCUCCGGCUCCGCAGCCUCCUGGCCCGGCAGUGCCUGGCAGAGUUUCUGGGCGUGCUUGUGCUCGUGCUCCUCACCCAGGGGGCUGUAGCCCAGGCCGUCACCAGUGGAGAAACCAAAGGCAACUUCUUCACCAUGUUUCUGGCUGGCUCUCUGGCCGUGACCGUAGCCAUCUACGUGGGUGGUAAUGUUUCAGGGGAGGAGGCGCACCUGAACCCAGCCUUCUCCCUGGCCAUGUGCCUCCUGGGCCGCCUCCCCUGGGCCAGGCUCCCCGUUUACUGCUCGGUGCAGCUUCUCUCCGCCUUCUGUGCCUCCGGAGCCACCUACGCGCUCUACCACGACACCCUGCAGAACUACACAGGCGGGAACCUGACAGUGACCGGCCCCAAGGAGACAGCCUCCAUCUUUGCCACCUACCCCGCCCCUUACCUGUCCCUGAACAAUGGCUUCCUGGAUCAGGUUCUGGGAACGGGGAUCCUGAUUGUGGGGAUCCUGGCCAUCGUGGACACGUGGAAUAAGGGGGUGCCUGCGGGUCUGGAGCCUGUGGCUGUGGGGCUGCUGAUCCUGGCCAUCGGGCUGUCCCUGGGCGCCAACUGUGGCUUCCCACUCAACCCUGCCCGGGACCUGGGCCCACGGCUUUUCACCUACGUGGCCGGCUGGGGCCCUGAAGUCUUCAGUGCUGGUAACGGCUGGUGGUGGGUGCCUGUGGUGGCCCCUCUGGUGGGGGCGACCCUGGGCACAGCCACAUACCAGCUGCUGGUGGCUCUCCACCACCCGGAGGAGGAGUCGGAGGCAGCGGAUCUAGAGUUCACCCAGCGUGAAGCCUCGGGCCUGGGCCAGGAAAGGCCCGCCUCGGCUCAGUUGUCCCAGCAGAAGCUCUGACUCCGACGCUCCCCCUGUGGAUCCUGAACAGGGGCCAGAGACCCGGGGCUGGUGGCCAGCGGCCCCGCUUCCUCCCUGACUGGGGCGGCGACCCUCCGCACCCCCGCAGGUCUUCAGACCCCGAGGGCCUCCGCGGACGCUGUGCCUCAAAGCGACCGCCAGAGGGUGCGCCCCGGGAGACCGCGGAGGCCGGAGGGCCGGUGAGGCCGGGGAGGUGGGGGUGCGGGGGGCUGCGAGGGUCGCUUCCCGUAUCGCUCGGCCCCCUCCCCGGCUCCCGGCCCCAGAACCUCCGCGCGGCCGUGCUGCCCUCGCGGGGCGGCUCCCCCCACACGGCGAGGGGGCGCAAGGGGGGAAACUGAGGCACAGCCCAGAGCCCAGGCGCUCCGGCCGUCCUUCCCGGAGAGGGGGGCGGGGCGCCCGCUCCGGGGACGCGCGGGGGACCCUCGCUGC